GAAGAACUGAAAGAAGAAUUCACUGCGGGGAGGUCACCUUUCGCUCUUUCUCCCACUCACUUUCGCCCUUUUAUAUCCAGUCGGCCUCCUCCCUUUUCACACACGGAUUCCUCGGUGUUUAUUGUUUUCCUCCUCCUUUUUUUUUGUUUGUUAUCGCGCUGCACUCGCGUUAACUUCUCAUAAAAAAUAAAAAAAAAGAAGGAAUCAUCAGCAGCCACAGAUGGAGAAUGAAUGAAAUCUUUUAAUAGGGUAAAACUCACACAACUAAGAAAUAAAAAGAGGGAAAAAAACGAAAACAAAUACAGAACCCAUUGAGGCGCGACAGAAGCAGUGAAAACAAAUUUAGGAGAAGGUCAAGAGAAGAACAAGAAGAAAAGAAGAGAAGCAGGAGAAGACGAGAGCGGGCGACCGAUCGAUCGAUCCACGGAAGGGAAAAGCAGAUGAAAAUCUCUAUAACGAUACGAUUUGUAGACUACGCAAGUAUUUUUAUGUAUUAAAGGUUAUGUUGUAAGUUUUUAUCACAAUAUUUGUAUUGUAGCUCAGUGUUUUAUAUGAUUAUAUAAAAUGGAUAAAGCAAAGAAAACAAAAAAACGAAAACGAUAAACCGAAAGAAAACCGAAACCCAUAAAAAAAAGCGUAAAAAAGCAGAAAAGUGCGCAACCCCGACAGAAAGAAAAAUUAUUGUAUUACAUACAUCUUAUAUAUAAUAAAUAUGCUUCUUAAUAAAAAAAAAACAAAACAAAAAACAAAAACAAAACAAAGCCCCCAAUGUGAGACCAACUGAUUUACGACGGCGGCUUCCUCGCACUGUCCCGAUAAAGACAGUCGCAUCGGUCGACUUUAAGCCGGGGUGCUUACGCCGUGAAUGCAAAGGCUACAGGGCUAUGGAAGACCACGGGAAAAAUUUAAUUAUGACACCCGAGUUAUCUUUGGACGUACACCCCUGAUAGCUCUAAUUCAAGUUUGCUUAUUCAUAUCUAAACAGUCAUAGUAGCCCUCGGCAAUAUAUUUCCCCGAUAGCAACCGCCCCAAGAAGGAGGAGGAGGUGGAGCAGGAGGCGGCACCGAAAUUAUUAUUUGUGUGGUCACUGUUUUCGUGGUCAACAAUCAGUCGUUGAUGAAUCAGUUUUGGGCCACUUUUAAUUGAUAUGAUUUUUUCCAAUUAUAAUUGAUCUCAGUUAAGGAGUUAACCAAAGCUGGGCAAUUCAAUUAGAGGCUCCGGCGUUCGCCGGCAAAAUGAAGUAAACACAGCACUGAACUCUCUCUCUAUACAACAGCUCAAGGUCACAAAGGAGACCAGAAAAGGAGGCCUUCCUCUAUAUAUUUAUUUGCACCCAGAUAUGCCAAUCAAAUUGACAUUCAAUCCAAUCUGACCCAAUAUAUUAUAUACACGGUAGAGUGACGGGGCGAUAAUCGAUAUUUGACCUAGGCCAAUAAAUUUACCGCCCUCGCUCAUUUCCCUGGAGUUUGGCGGGAAGUUUGUCUAAUCAACAUUUAAUUUGAUGUUCGAUUCGAACGCUUCGAAGCCAUCAAACAUCAAACAACAUGGCAGGGGGCUUCGGAGCUUCUAAGCCCCUCGAACUAAUCAAGGCAAACACAUCGGGAGAAUAUAUACAUUGGAAUUAUUAGGCCCAUUCAGUGGUCCCCCUUAAGCCCCACUCGGUGUGUGUGUGUGUCUCUGUCAGCGACAUUUCUGGCAAUUUAUUGAAGACGAAUUCCAAUCAGAGCAAAUCAUGCGAAUAUGGCAAACGGAAUUUAUUACGCCAAGCGUGCAGGGGUCGUAAAAAAUAAAAGAUUUUCUGAAACAAAAAGUGUAGAACUCCGUCAUGUCCAAUCAACUGUUCUUUCUGAGUUUGGCCGACAUAUUCUCUGUGUAUCCUGCCAUAUUCAAGGAGCAAAGCAAGAAACUAAAAAAGACCAAGCAGAUCUACCUACCCAGCGAUGAGGAGUGGCAAGACAAGAUGUAUUAUAUGCUUCUGGAGAUCCAGCGUCAUGUAAACGACUCCUCCGACGAAUCGCUCUCGCUUCAGGAUAUCAACAAAAAGGAAAAGCCUCUCUUUGAUCCUCUGAGGAUAACCAAGAUUCUGACUCCGGGUAUUAGUCCUAAUGGACGACGUAGCAGAACUCUAAAGUACUGUCAUUCCACCACGGUGAAGGUCAAGCUGAAGACGGGAGCCCGCUGGACUUUGCCCACUAUCGCCAGUGCCGCCAAGCUGCUCCGCAAGCCACCGAUAAUGGUGGAUUUUAAAAACGAGCACGAGAUGAGAUUAGCUUACUCCUUGAUCUACGAUGUCUUCCGAUAUAAGAUUGUGAUGUCGAAUGCCUUGAGCGAUGUCUGCUUUUUUGAGCAACACAAAGAGUAUAUAAAUGACGAGCAAAGAAUUUGGUUAAUGCUUUUCGAACUCUACGAUCGCCAGUUUAAAGGCCGUAACUCCGAGGAAAAGGGUCUCCAGGCAAGUCUCUAUAAGGAGGCAGAGGUUACAGAGCUGGCGGACGUUCUCUGGCAGCAUCGCAUCCGUCUGGCUGCCUCAAUUUCUAGGAUGCGGAUACGGGUGGGAGCUCUUCGGCUCUCUCAGUUGCUGCCCAUUCACCUGCAGAAUGAGAAAGUUGCCAUUGCUGCUGCCAAUCCGGUGGUCACGGGAUGGAUUAAUCCGUUCUUAGUGCGAAAUAAAGAAGAGGCGGAUAAGAUACUCACCGAAAUGGGCUUCACUGUCCAUGGUCCGGAUGAUGAACAGCCGCUUCUGGAGCAGCACUGCAAGUGGGAUAAUAUUUGCCCUUUGGUCAUAUCCUGUAUACCCAAGGACCGCAGCGAGUUUACCAAAUCCAAACUAAUGACCAAACACUAUUUUAUAAUGCAGGACAAAAACUUUACCUUUGGACCUGCCAUAAUGUCCAAGUUGAUGGAUUACUUUGAGUUGGAUGGGGAUAUUCUGCAGACCCACAUUGGAUCCCCGCGAUCCACUGCCUAUUUGGCAGCCCUUUUCUACUCCAUCAAUCGUGUUAACAACUUCUAUGUCUAUGGAGCUGGUGCAAAUCUAAAGGAUUAUCGCCGCUAUAUGGAAAUGAUUGGAGUAAACAAUAUCAGAUUGUUUGGCGAUGCCUUCACCUCGUUUCCCAUGGAGUCCAAUCGAUUUAGAACUGUAGUUGGCAUAUUUGCCACGCCACCGAACUCCUUUAGCGCCAUUUCCGAUCCCAUAGACUUGAUAUGUUCCCGCGGCGGUGAUCUUAGUAUGCUGGAGGUUCUUACCGAAUCGGAGGUCAGUGACGAGGGUCGCCAGCGAGUGGCCAUGAUCCUGGAGGAACAGCUGCUGACCUUGACCAUGUCAAUGUCGCGUCCCCAGGUGCAGUUUGUCCUCUACCAAACGCACUCGAUUGUGGGCACCGAAAACGAGGAUAUGGUGAAGCAUGUCCUGGAACUGAUCAAUAAGCUGGCUUUGGAGAAGCAUCGCAAUGCCUACAAGGAGCUGAAGCGUUUGGAGGCAAUAGCCGAAGCGGAGGCAGCCAACAUUCCCGCAGCUGCGAUGAGCAAGGAUUCACCCAGGAAAAAGGAUAAGCCAUCGAAUCAGCCCGAGGUGCCAGCCCCAGGAUCUGGACCAGGUUCAACUGCCCCACCGUUGCCCAGAGUGGAUAGCAUUGAUCUGAUAGUCACACCCGAUAUCGAUGAGUUUGUCCAGGAUAUAGUGCCGGACAUAUGCAUCAAUCAGGACGAUUGCAUCAAGCAGCAGGCCACAGGAAGCUACCUAUCCCUUGUGCGGCGGAAAACCCUGACCCAUCUGAACGAGAAAUACCUAAUCCGAAGGGCGGAACAGAGAGGACUCUUUGGCAAGCCCGAAAAGGAUACCAAGGAAAAGGCCAAGCCCAAGGCAGUCAAGCUGCAGGAGCAGCAGGCAGAAACCACGCCCCAGGACAUGGGCUAUGAUCAAAGGAACUCGGGCCGAUCCAGUGCCCAACAAAUACUCCAGCGUUUGCAGCGUUCGACGAGCGCCAGUGCGAUCCGUUCGCACCUGACCAAGGUAUCCUCCAUUUAUCGGCGGCCCAUCGCCUUCAAUUUCAUCAGGCGCGAGUGCAAGCGUUUUUACGUCUUGCCCGUCUACAUGCACAGCACCAAGCAGAGCAUUCGAUUAUGGUGGCAAUACGCGUACAAGUGCGUCACGCCCGCCGCCUCGGCUGAUGCGGUGUGGAAUCCAAAUCUGAAAUUCCGGCUACACUGUAGCCGGCAGCUGCGGAUACGGAAAUUGCGACGUGGUCCCUGGUCUAGAAGGCAGCCCCUCCGGCUGCAUAUCAACGACAUCAAGCUUUUGUGCCAGGUGCGUCAGCGGAGUAAAUAAAUUAACGAAAUGAAAGUCCAACUAAAAAUCUGGUUUGAAAUUCAAACGUUGAAUGUUAGCCGCCUUUUCAGGGCAAUAUCUAUCGAUUCCAAUCAAUCGUUUCAAGUGUUGGUUAAUAUUUAUAUUUUUUAAAUUAUUUGAAAAACUUAAAAUAUAAUAAAUUAUUUGUAAUUAAAAUUAA